AUGUUAGCAAAUAGAGCAAAUAGAUUAGUUUUAAAAAGAUUAGUUCAUCUUAAUACUAGUAAUAUAAUAAAACCUAUAUGUAGUUAUAGAUCAUUAGCAUCAUCAUCAAAAAGCAAGACACAGUUUACAAAAAAACCACCAAUUAGUGAAUUUUCAAUCGAUGAAAUUUUAGAACAUUUUAUUUUAAAAAAAAAAACUAUAGAAGGUAAAGAAAAUAAAGAUAAAAAUACAAUUAAAGUUGAAAAAGUAAAUACAAAAAUAGAUAGAUUCUCAAGUGAAGUAAUUAUAAAAGAAAAGAAUAAAAAAAAUAAUAAUAUUGAAGAUGAAGAUGAAUUUGGAAUUGAAGAAAUGAUUGCAAAAAAUAAUAAUAAUAAUAAUAAUCCAAAUAAUAAUAAUAAUAAUAAUAAUACUAAAAAAGUACCAACAUUUAAUAGAUUCUCAACUGAAGUAAUUGUAAAGAGUAAUAAUAAUAACAUCAAUGAAUUUGAAAAUGAAGAAAUAACUAAAAAUAAUUUAAAUAAAAAAGCUCCAAAAUUUAAUAGAUCCUCAAGUGGAGUAGUUAUAAAUACUACUAGUAAUGAUAAUAAUAAUGAUAAAAAUAAUAAUGAAUUUGAAAAUGAAGAAAUUAUGCUUAAUAGUGGUAAAACUAAUAAAAAAGCAUCAAAAAUGGAUAGAUACUCAAGUGAAGUAAUUAUAAAAGAAAAGAAUAAUGAAGAAAUCUUAGUUAAUAAUAAUAAUAAUAAUAAUAAUAAUACUACUACUACUACUAAUAAUAAUAAUAAUAAUAAAGCAUCAAAAAUGGAAAGAUACUCUAGUGAAGUAAUUAUAAAAGAAAAGAAGGAUAAUAAUAAUGAUAUUGAAAAAGAUGAUAUUGAAAAAGAUGAAAUUAUAGUUAAUAUAAUGAAUGGUUUUGAAGAUAAAGAUGAGAGUGCAGUUGAAUUUUUAAAAAGACAUCGUAUUGAACAUCAAGUACCAAAGAGUACAAUUUAUUUAAAAGAAAAGACAAUGGAGGAGGAUGAGAUGGUUAGAAAGAGAUUAUCAGUUAAUAGGGAUAACAUUAAUUUUAGUAAUAAUAAAAACAGAAAGCAAAUAUUCACUAAAAAGAAUCACCAAAACGGUGCGGGUAUUUUGCCAAAAGGCUUGGCUAAUAAUAUUGUAAAGAACGAUUGGAUGAAGAGACAAAUGACUGACCCAUACGUUGCAAUGGCACAAAAGAAUGAUUUAAUCUCAAGAGCUGCUUAUAAAAUCAUCAAUAUCGAUGAACAAAUCCAGUUAUUCAAACCAGGUCAAAUCGUUGUCGAUUUAGGUGCUGCACCAGGUGGUUGGAGUAAAUACAUUCAAGAGCGUGUAACCAAUAGAGGUCUAGUAAUCUCUGUUGACACUUCUUCAAAUUUUCAAUUAGAUAAAGAUUGCUUUAUUCAUGGUGAUUUCACUUUAACUGAAACUCAAAAUAAAAUAUUUGAAUUAACAAAAUUUAAAAGUUUAAAUGAUUUAAAAUUAUACAAACAUUCAUUAAUUCAUUCAGAUUCAAAAAUUCAAAAUUUAAUUGAAAAUGGUGGUGCUAAUGGUAAUGGUAGUGGUAAUGGUGAUCUUCAAAAACAACCAAUAGAUAAUAUGUUCAAACAAAAGUCUGCUUGUUAUGUUGAUGUUGUAGUUAGUGAUAUGGCUCCAUCAUAUUCUGGUUUACAACAAGUUGAUCAUAGUCGUUUAAUAGAUUUACAAAGGUUAGCAUUAUUUUUCGCUUUUAAAACUUUAAAAAAGGGUGGAACAUUUGUUUGUAAAGUUUCAAGAGGUGGCGAAGAGAAAAAAUUCUUUAAAUUAUUAGAAUCAAAUUUCAUUUCUGUAAAAUCAAUGAAACCUGGUGCUUCUCGUUCAGAAUCAACCGAAAUUUAUUAUAUUGGUAAAAAUUAUAUUGGAAAAUAA